GUCCGUUGUGUCGGGUGUUUGGGAGUCUCGAGCGGAGCGGCGCGAGAGCCGCAGCAACCGUCUGACUGGAGAUUAAUGGGAGCGCGAGGAGCCGGCGGUCAGCAUGCCGCGGCCUGCUAACGUUCCGAGUCCUGAGGAAUUGUACCACAGUGAAAAUGAGACGAUGAUUCCAGUACUGUCAUCGAAAAGAGCAAGUGAACUACCAGUCGAUGAAGUUGCCAGCAUUUUGCAGGCUGACCUUCAUAAUGGGCUGAAAAAUGGGGACAUUUCUCAGCGUCGAACAUUCCACGGGUGGAAUGAAUUUGAAAUCAGUGAAGAUGAACCUCUUUGGAAAAAAUACAUUUCACAGUUCAAAAAUCCUCUUAUUAUGCUGCUUCUGGCUUCAGCUGUAAUCAGCAUUCUAAUGCACCAACUGGAUGAUGCAGUCAGCAUUACUGUGGCAAUACUAAUUGUGGUCACAGUCGCCUUUGUCCAGGAGUAUAGAUCUGAAAAAUCCCUAGAAGAGCUAAGCAAAUUGGUUCCUCCAGAAUGCCACUGUGUGCGGGAAGGAAGGGUGGAGCACUUGCUUGCCCGUGAACUGGUUCCAGGAGAUACUGUAUGCUUGACUGUUGGAGAUAAAGUCCCUGCUGAUUUGCGUCUGUUUGAGAUCGUGGACAUUUCCAUUGACGAGUCUAGCCUUACGGGAGAGACCUCACCAUGUUCAAAGUUAACCACUCCACAACCUACAGCGAGUAAUGGUGACCUGGCAUCCAGAAGCAAUAUUGCUUUCAUGGGCACAUUGGUUAGAUGUGGGAAGGCUAAGGGCAUUGUUAUAGGAACCGGAGAAAACUCAGAAUUUGGAGAGGUUUUCAAAAUGAUGCAAGCUGAAGAAGCCCCAAAGACACCAUUACAGAAAAGCAUGGACCUGCUUGGAAAACAACUUUCAUUAUAUUCAUUUGGUAUUAUAGGUGUUAUAAUGUUGGUUGGCUGGCUGCAAGGGAAACACAUUCUUGAUAUGUUCACUAUUGGAGUGAGCUUGGCUGUUGCUGCCAUUCCUGAAGGUCUGCCCAUUGUAGUGACAGUAACACUGGCUCUUGGUGUGAUGAGAAUGGUGAAGAAAAGAGCCAUUGUGAAGAAGCUCCCAAUUGUGGAAACUCUAGGUUGUUGCAAUGUGAUAUGUUCUGAUAAAACCGGGACACUCACGAAGAAUGAAAUGACAGUAACGCAUAUUUUUACUUCUGAUGGACAGCAUGCUGAGGUUGUUGGUGUUGGCUAUAACAGAUAUGGAGAGGUAUUGAUGGAUGGUGAAGUGAUUCAUGGCUUCUCUAAGUCUUCAAUAAGUAGAAUUGUGGAGGCUGGCUGUGUAUGUAAUGAUGCUGUUAUUCAGAAUGACUCCCUGAUGGGACAACCUACUGAGGGAGCUUUGAUUGCUCUUGCAAUGAAGAUGGGUCUGGAAGGUCUUCAGCAUGAUUAUUUAAGAAGAGCUGAAUAUCCAUUUAGUUCGGAGCAGAAAUGGAUGGCUGUGAAAUGUGUGCACAGAACUCAGCAGGAUAAAGCAGAGAUCUAUUUUAUGAAAGGCGCCUAUGAACAUGUAAUUCAGUUUUGCUCAAGCUACAACAGCCAAGGUCAAACUCUGUCACUCACCCAGCAACAGAAGGAAUUAUAUCACCAGGAGAAAUCGUACAUGGGCACUGCUGGACUUCGAGUCCUCGCUCUAGCGUCUGGACCUGAACUUGGACAACUCACCUUCUUGGGACUGGUAGGAAUGAUUGAUCCACCAAAAUCAGGUGUAAAAGAAGCAGUCACCACACUGAUUAACUCCGGGGUUGCAAUCAAAAUGGUCACUGGAGAUUCACAAGAGACAGCAGUUGCCAUAGCCACUCGUUUGGGUUUAUGUUUCAAGGGUUCACAAACCAUAUCUGGAGAAGAAAUAGAUUCACUUGAUAUUCAAGAACUAUCACAAAUUGCCCCGAAGGUGGCAGUGUUUUAUAGAUCCAGUCCUAGGCACAAGCUGAAGAUCAUUAAGUCUUUACAGAACAACGGUGCUGUGGUAGCAAUGACAGGUGAUGGAGUAAAUGAUGCCGUUGCCCUGAAAGCUGCUGACAUAGGGGUAGCCAUGGGACAGAUGGGCACAGAUGUCUGCAAGGAAGCAGCAGACAUGAUUCUUGUGGAUGAUGACUUUCAGACAAUAAUGUCUGCAAUUGAAGAGGGUAAAGGCAUUUACAACAAUAUCAAAAAUUUUGUGCGAUUCCAGCUCAGCACGAGUAUAGCUGCUCUAACAUUGAUCUCCCUAGCCACAUUGAUGAAUUUUCCCAAUCCACUGAAUGCUAUGCAGAUUUUGUGGAUUAACAUAAUCAUGGAUGGACCACCAGCACAGAGCCUUGGAGUAGAACCUGUUGAUAAAGAUGUUAUUAGACAACCCCCAAGAAAUGUGAAGGACAGUAUUCUGACCAGAAGUCUCAUUGUGAAAAUUCUUGUUUCUUCAUUGAUGAUUGUUUCUGGGACAUUAUUCGUCUUCUGGAGAGAGUUACAGGAUAAUGUCAUCACACCCCGAGAUACAACAAUGACUUUCACCUGCUUUGUGUUCUUUGACAUGUUCAAUGCGUGGAGUUCCAGAUCACAGACAAAAUCUAUCUUUGAAAUCGGGUUGUGCAGCAACCGAAUGUUUUGUUACGCCGUUCUUGGGUCCAUCAUGGGACAGUUGCUGGUUAUUUACUUCCCACCGCUCCAGAAAGUUUUUCAGACUGAAAGCCUCAGUAUUCUAGAUCUUCUUUUUCUAGUGGGGCUUACUUCCUCAGUUUGCAUAGUCUCUGAGAUCAUAAAGAGGCUGGAGAGACGAAAAGAGAAAAUGGGGAAGCAAUCCAGGUGUUUUCUUGAUGUAUGAUGCAUAUUGCAUCUUGGAAUUUAAUAAGGCAAGAUACUAGGAACCUAAUGACCUAAUGGUGAUUUUGAAGGGGGAGGUAAUUUCUAAAGCUUUACUUUGAACAUUAUGGCACUCAUUGUAAUUUAAAGGAACUAAAAAAAAAUGUUGAAAAUUAGGACUAUGAAGUAAAUCUCAAUCUCAAUCCAUUGAGAUAGCAGAAUACAGCGGAAUGCAGAUUUUUUCCCCUGCAGACAGUUUUUGCUGCUUUAAGUGUACAGAACCGUUUGCUUUCGAUUUUGGAGGAACCCUUCUGUGAAUGGUUGCAGAGUAGAGUCUGCAUUACACUGGACAGAAUGAAGGACUUUUCCCCAUUUGUUUUUCAUUAUUUAACAAUGGUUGGUAGGUUAUUUUAUAUAUGGUGGUGUGGAGUUUUCAUCAGCACAAUUUAGGUGUAUAUAUGCAUCUGCCAUUCCAUUUUGUCCACGAUGUGAACCACAAAAGUGAAAUGCCUGGAGCUGUUUUAUUUUUUAAUGUAAUAUUAAAUAAUAAAUAGCUGAAUUGCUUUUGUGCUGGUUUUAUUAAAUUUUACAGGUCUUGACCACUAUAGAAACCAUGGUUUGAAAUGUAGAGGUGGUUUUACAUUACAUCAGAAGUGUACGUAUGUUUUAACAGAAAAAGUGCAAAUGUGUACAGUUUUGUGUUGAAUUAAGUCUGCAUAUGCUUGAGCAUCUGAUCAGUUAGUAGUCUAAAUACAGAACCCACAUUCUUGUUUUUUUAACGUGUGCUUUUCUUGCCAUUAGUAGUUGAAUGCAGAUUGUGUAAAAUGUGGCAAUAUAAACAGCAUUGCUUUUUCUAAGACAUGCAAACGUAACAGAAUGGAAAUUAAGCGGUGAAUUUUCUACUGUAUUUGGAUGACACCAUUUCUCAGGCUACUUGCUCUGUGAUGGAUAUGUAUAAUGUAUUUGAAAAAUAUAAAAUUUGUAAUUAAACAAUCUUUGUAAAACUAA